AGCCCGGCAGGCCGAGCCUCUGCUUUAGCCUCAUCCUCGCGACACAAGCUGCCGCCCGGCUAUCGCGGUCCGCCGCCGCGGCCCGGCGACGCCGAGGACAUCGCACCACAGCCGCAGCUCGCGCCGACGCCCGGCUCGCAGCUCAUGUUCCAGGCGCACAACACGCCCGUCAACCGCAACGGCUGGCGCUACUCGCCGUGCGGGCCGGCCAGCGAGUCGCUGCCGCAGACGGUGUACCGCUCGCUCGAGUGCGAGCCGCGCGGCGUCCACUGGUCCUGGACCGACCGCAGCGCCUUCACCAAGCUGAGCGCCGACGCUGCGACGCUGUGUACGGACAAGGGCUUUCGCGGCGCUCGCGCAAACAUCCCAGUCCGCCACGGCGCCUGGUACGUCGAGGUGCACAUCCUCGAACCCGAGCCUCUGGUGCCCGGCGUCGGCGCUCCAGGCCCGGUGCCGAGCCCGAUGAGCGCUGGGCCGCACGUGCGGCUGGGCUGGGCGCGCCGCGAGGCGCCGCUGAAUGCGCCGGCAGGCUUCGACGGCUACAGCUACGGCCUGCGUGGCGCGACGGGCGAGCGCGUGUGGUUGUCGCGCCCGUCAAAGUACGGACGUGCGUUCGGGCCGGGCGAUGCGGUCGGCAUGUACAUCCGGCUGCCGCCUCCGGGCGAUGAGGCGAGGCCUGGCGUGGAGACGGCGAUCCGCCGCAAACGGCUGCCGAUUCGCUACCGCGGCCAGCUCUACUUUGAGUCGCUCGAGUAUGCGCCUACGAAGGAGAUGGAAAGCCUCUGGGAUCGGAGCAAGAAGGGCCUGUUCCGAUGGCCAGCUUCUGCGCCCUCUAGCGACGACGUUCAAGCAGCUGGCCCGCUCAGCAGCGACGGGGCUGGACCUUCAGACAGCAGCGCCAAGCGCAAGAAGAAGGGCCCGGCAGCAGAAAAGGACGACGCGGCCGCAGAGGCGGACAAGGGGCGCCCGCUGCCGACGCUCGGUGCCGCUGCGCGCAUCGGCUUCUGCAUCAACGGCGAGCCGCAAGGCAUGGCGUUUGACGACCUCUUCGACUUUCGCCCGCUCAAGAGACUCAGCUCCGCCGCGCCCAGCAAGGGCAAAAAGGCUGCCGCUGCGACCGCGGCGACGAGCCUCACGCUCGUCGACGAAGAUGCCUCCAUCAUCACCAGCAACUCGAGCGUGGCCAGCAUCAUGAAGAGCCGCGAGAACCACGUCGACGACGGCGCGCUCGGCUACUUUCCCUUCGCCACGAGCUUCGGCGGUGCACGUGUACGCAUCGUUGCUGACCCGGCCGAGUGGCGCUUCCCGCCGCCCGAUGAUCUCGAGGCGCAGCUGGAGGCCCGCAUGCCGGCGCCGUCUGGAGAAGCACUGGCAGCGCAGGCUCCUCGCUGGCGCCCGUACUGUGAGCGCUACGACGAGUAUCUCGCCGAGCAGUGGGAGCUGGAUCUGGCGGACGAGGGCCGGGCGGCG